UGUGAUCAAUGACAUUUGCCAGCUAUAAUUCACUCUGCCCUCUCUCUUCUCAUAAGCCAGGUGGACUGCUACCUGUCAAGACACUCAGCCACCACAAUACAGAGUGAGUACACCUGCCGAGCUCUUCCCUCUCAAGAACAUUUUCCUCUUCUCCCACUCAGAAUGGCAGCCAUGAUGAGGUUCUUCCCCAUUCUGUGCCUGGUGCUGUUCUUCAGUCACGGGGUGGCUUCCCGCCAACGCUCCCAUUCUAAGGAGAAGAAGAAGUCUAAAGAGUCCUCUGUGGGUGCUGUGGGGACUUCCCGAAGCAGAGACUUUGCCUUCAGGCUCUAUAGGGCCUUGGCUUCUGAAGCCCCUGGUCAGAAUGUUUUCUUCUCCCCCAUGAGCGUGUCUAUGAGCUUGGGCAUGCUCUCCCUGGGGUCUGGCUUGAAGACUAAGGCACAGAUCCUGGAGGGCCUGGGCCUCAGCCUCCAGCAAGGCCAAGAGGAUAUGCUCCACAAGGGCUUCCAACAGCUGCUGCAGCAGUUCAGCCAGCCUAGUGAUGGCCUCCAGCUGAGCCUAGGCAGUGCCCUUUUUACAGACCCAGCAGUACAUAUCCGGGACCACUUCCUGAGUGCCAUGAAGACGUUGUACAUGUCAGACAUGUUCUCUACCAACUUUGGGAACCCUGAAAGUGCUAAGAAGCAGAUCAAUGACUAUGUAGCCAAGAAGACCAACGGCAAGAUUGUAGACUUGAUCAAGGAUCUUGACAGCACCCACGUCAUGGUGGUGGUAAAUUAUAUCUUCUUCAAAGCCAAGUGGCAGACGGCCUUCAGUAGCACCAACACCCACAAGAUGGAUUUCCAUGUGACUCCCAAGAAGACCAUUCAGGUGCCAAUGAUGAACCGCGAAGAUAUAUAUUCCUACAUCCUCGACCAAAACAUUUCCUGCACGGUGGUGGGGAUCCCUUACCAAGGCAAUACCUUGGCUCUGUUUAUUCUUCCCAGCGAGGGCAAGAUGAAGCGCGUAGAGGAUGGCCUGGAUGAGAGAACGUUGAGGAACUGGCUUAAGAUGUUCACAAAGAGACAGUUAAAUCUUUACCUCCCCAAGUUCUCCAUUGACGGUACCUAUAAACUGGAAAAAAUCCUCCCCAAGCUGGGCAUCCAGGACAUCUUCACCACCGAUGCUGACUUGUCUGGCCUUACUGACCACCCCAAUAUUAAGUUGUCUGAGAUGGUGCACAAAUCCAUGGUGGAGGUAGACGAGUCAGGAACAACAGCAGCUGCCUCCACAGGAGUUCUCUUCACACCCAGAUCUGCUCGACCGAGCUCUCUGAAGGUAGAAUUCACCAGACCCUUUCUGGUGGUCAUUAUGGAUGGUACAAACCUCUAUUUCAUUGGCAAAGUGAUUCAGCCCUGAGGUGGGACUCCUUCUGAAACUCACAGGCCUAUACAGAAGGAGCCAGGCAUAUUCUACAGCCUAUCCACCUCUUGGUAGCUAGUGAUUUUCAUAGAGUAGAUUGACUAAUAAGGUGUUGUAAGUGAGAAGAUCAAUAUCCUAGUGGAAGCUUCCUUGAUCACAGUUGCAAGAUGUGCUCUUGCUCUAUUUUUCAUUAUUGACACUGAUGCUAAAGAGGCCACUUGAUUGCUCCAAGGUCCUAUCACCAUAUUUGUGACAUAGUUAUGCCCAGACCUCAGACCUCUCUUGCUCAGUCUAGCGCUACAAAGCUCUGCAAGAGGCUGGUCAGCAUAAAGGCCACCAGGAAACAUGGUUAUAAACCUGGUCUCACACCUAUUAGCACCAACUAUCAGUUCGUCAUGGUUGAGAUAGGACAUUGGACUGAGAUUCUGAAAUGGUGCUAAUAGCUAUGUAACACGAAAAUGAAAAUAUUCCUCUCUGGGCCUGUGCUUCUUUGAGUAUCCAGUCAAUGAUCAGAACAAGUAGCCCAUUCAGUGAUCUGUGAAAUUGUUACACAGGGGUUGGCUGCUCUAUGCUAGCCAUGGUUGACGUAAGAACUCAGUUUAAUAGCAUACUUGAGCAAUCAGGGUAAAAGUGUCCCACCAUGAACAAAGGUAUCAAAUCACAAACCUGGCUGACUGCAGUUGAAUGUUAGAGGUCUGUUGUAAAUAGUAGAACAUGGAUUGCAGACUGACUUGUUGAUUUCUACUUUGGCAAUAGCAAUAAAGCAUUUUGCAAA